CACCCUGCCGCUCCUCUUUUCCUCCCGGCUGGGUCCAGUCGCGAGCGAAGGCGCGCGGAGCUGCAGUGUCUCUACCAGAGUCCCUGGGGAAGCAUCGCGGCCGGGGAAGCAGCCGCCCCAGUGCAGUGGACGCUGCUCGCUGGACCCUCCAACCGCCGCCCCUCCCCCCGGGGGGUUCUGAGCUAGGGGAUGGGAGGCACGGCUCGCGGGCCGGGGCGGAAGGAUGCGGGGCCGCCCGGAGCCGGACUCCCGCCCCAGCAGCGGAGAUUGGGGGAUGGUGUCUAUGAUACCUUCAUGAUGAUAGAUGAAACCAAAUGCCCACCCUGUUCAAACGUUCUCUGCAAUCCUUCUGAACCACCUCUACCCAGAAGACUAAAUAUCACCACUGAACAGUUAACGAGAGAUCAUACUCAGCACUUCCUGAAUGGAGGUGAAAUGAAGGUAGAACAGCUGUUUCAAGAAUUUGGCAACAGAAGAUCUGAUACUUUUCAGUCAGAUGGCAUCAACGACUCUGAAAAAUGCUCUCCUACCGUUUCUCAGGGGAAAAGCUCAGAUAGCUUGAAUACGGUGAAGUCCAGCAGUUCACCCAAAGCAUCCAAAGCGGUGCCUCUGACUCCAGAACAAGCACUGAAGCAAUAUAAACACCAUCUCACUGCUUAUGAGAAGCUGGAAAUCAUCAAUUAUCCAGAAAUUUACUUCGUAGGUCCAAAUGCCAAAAAAAGACAUGGAGUUAUUGGUGGUCCCAAUAAUGGGGGGUAUGAUGAUGCAGAUGGGGCUUACAUUCAUGUACCUAGAGACCAUCUAGCUUAUCGAUAUGAAGUGCUGAAAAUUAUUGGCAAGGGGAGUUUUGGACAGGUGGCCCGGGUCUAUGAUCACAAACUUCGACAGUACGUGGCCCUGAAGAUGGUGCGCAAUGAGAAGCGUUUCCAUCGUCAAGCAGCUGAGGAGAUCCGGAUUUUGGAGCAUCUUAGAAAGCAGGAUAAAACUGGUAGCAUGAACGUCAUUCACAUGCUGGAAAGUUUCACAUUCCGGAACCAUGUUUGCAUGGCCUUUGAAUUGCUGAGCAUAGACCUUUAUGAGCUAAUUAAAAAAAACAAGUUUCAGGGCUUUAGCGUCCAGUUGGUACGCAAGUUUGCUCAGUCCAUCUUGCAGUCCUUAGAUGCUCUCCACAAAAAUAAGAUCAUUCACUGUGACCUGAAGCCAGAAAACAUUCUCCUGAAACAUCAUGGGCGCAGUGCGACCAAGGUCAUCGACUUUGGGUCCAGCUGUUUCGAAUACCAGAAGCUUUAUACGUAUAUCCAGUCUCGGUUCUACAGAGCUCCGGAGAUCAUCCUGGGAGGCCGCUACAGCACACCUAUUGACAUGUGGAGUUUUGGCUGCAUCCUUGCAGAACUUUUAACAGGACACCCUCUCUUCCCUGGGGAGGACGAAGGAGACCAGUUGGCCUGCAUGAUGGAGCUUCUAGGGAUGCCACCACCCAAACUUCUGGAGCAGAGCAAACGUGCCAAGUACUUUAUUAACUCCAAGGGCCUGCCUCGCUACUGUUCUGUGACUACUCAGGCGGAUGGGAGAGUUGUGCUUGUGGGGGGUCGCUCACGUCGGGGUAAAAAGCGGGGUCCCCCGGGUAGCAAAGACUGGGUGACAGCUCUGAAAGGGUGUGAUGACUAUUUGUUCAUAGAGUUUUUGAAAAGGUGUCUUCACUGGGAUCCUUCUGCCCGCCUGACCCCAGCUCAAGCAUUAAGACACCCUUGGAUUAGCAAGUCUGUGCCUAGACCUCUUACCAUUGAGAAGGUGUCAGGCAAACGGGUGGUAAAUCCUGCAAAUGCUUUCCAGGGACUGGGUUCCAAACUGCCUCCAGUUGUUGGCAUAGCCAGUAAGCUUAAAGCUAACUUAAUGUCAGAAACCAAUGGUGGUAUACCUCUGUGCAGUGUGUUGCCGAAACUGAUUAGCUAACGGACAGUGAUGUGCUCAGAGAUGCAAUGUAUGUAUUUUUAAUUAUCUUGCAAACCUGAAAAUGGGAAAAAAAUACAAACCAUUGGUGGAUAUGUUUUUGUUAUACUAGAUUUCUUCUUUUUAAACAGUAAAACAUUUUUAUAUGACUAUAAAAAGAACUCUUCAAGGGCUAAUUACCUAACCAGCUUGUAUUGGCCAUCCUGGAAUACACAUUAAAUGACUUUUUAAUAGGUCA